AUGUUAUCUAACAAUCCAAGUUGGGGUCAAACUUCACAAAAUCAGCGAGUUGUUGCUGCUAAUGCAACCUCACAUGUUACAAUUUAUGAAGAAGUACAGUAUGGUAGAAGAACCUUCUCAGAAUAUCAAGGUGCUGAUAGGUUUUAUGAAGAAGUACAGUACGGUAGAAGAUGCUCAGAAUAUCAAGGUGCUUGCAGGUUUUAUGAAGAAAUACCGUAUGGUAGAAGAACUUCAGAAUAUCAAGGUGCUGAUAGGAGCAAGGAGCAACGAAGGUGCGUGGCUUAUGCAUUCAACAAUGGCAUACUGAUACCAAAUCAACCAUCAGGGAUAGUAAUAUCUGGCAAACAAGAGGCUGCAAUAACUCAUGAUUUGGCUUCUCUUAAGUUUUCGGUGUCAUCUGCACAACUGAAUUUCCCGCAGAUACCUAACCAUGCUAAGGAAGUGGGAGCUAUGGGACAAAUGACUGGCCAAGAUGUUGCAAACUUUAAUAGGUCAAGAAAUAGCUUUGUACGAGGCAAAUCUAGAUUUCAUGGAGUUGCAAGGCAUCAUGACACUGGAAAAUGGCAAGCUUGGACUGCAACGGGUGAAACUAUCUUGGGAAUUUUCGAGACGGAAGAGGAAGCAGCAAUUGCUUUCGACUUAGCAUGCAUAAAGCAGAAAGGAUACCAAGCAAUCACCAAUUAUGACAUAAGACACUAUGAUGUUAAUGCAAUGCUUAAUGGCAACAAACCCAAGCUGCAAGGAGUGGAAGUGGAGAAAACAUGGCCAGUGACAGCCCAGAUGCAAGCUUAUCCUCACAUCACAAACACAAACAAUGCUGGAUGGAACAUUAACAUACAACCUAGAAUCUACCGUGCUCGAGGGUUUCGGCUACCAAGAGAAGGUCUGACGAACUUUGUUGAGAUCUUGGGUCUUGAGAAGCAGGAUAAUGGAUCAGGAUUAAGGUUCCGACAUGGAGAUUCUAGCGCUUUUAACUUGUACCAAGAACAGAUAAUAAAACCAGCAGUUCGACACGCUGGUUUUGGCAUUGGACAUGCAACUGCAAGUUCAUAUCAAUUUUACAAGCAAACGGAAAGUGGUGAUCAUCAGGACUCCUCGUUCGCACCUCUGCAACCACAAAACCGUUGGUUGUUCCCGCCUUACUCCAUAAAUGUUCAGAGAGAGCAGCGGUUGAAAGCUGCAGGAGUGGGGUUUAAACAUUCAAUCCCCAGUCGUUUCAAGGUUUACAAAAGGAACACCAUGUGGAAAGGGAAAGUAAAGGUGAACUUCUGA